UCUUCAUUAUCCCUCAGCAGAGUCGACCAGCAGAGUUCAGAGGUUCCCUGUGGUCAGUCUGACCGGCAGCAUCACCUGGACUCCAUAUUUAUGCUGCUGGAGGACAACAUUGUCACUUUUGUGAAGAACGAGCUGAAAAAUAUGCAGAAAGUUCUGAGUCCAGAUUACCCAGAAUCCUUAUACAGUCAGAGAGAGGAUGAGGAAGAAGAGCAAAGGAGGAGCAGCAGAGAGGCAUUCCUGCAGAUCACAUUGUUCUUCCUGAGACAGAUGAAACAGGAUAAACUGGCUGACCGUCUGCAGAGCAAAUCUCUGUUAACAUGCCAGCAUAGACUCAAAUCUGACCUCAAGAAGAAGUUCCAGAGUGUGUUUGAGGGCAUCGCUAAAGCAGGACAGGGGACCCUCCUGAAUGAGAUCUACACAGAGCUGCACAUCACAGAGGGAGGGACUGCAGAGGUCAAUGAGGAACAUGAGGUCAGACAGAUUGAAGCAGCAUCCAGGAGAGCAGCCAGAGCAGAAACAAGCAUCAGACCAGAAGACGUGGAGCUGGAGGGUUGGGUGCGUCUGUGGGAAAAUCCCAACGGCAUUCCAGAAGCUGACAUACCCUGGCUCAAAGAGGACACGGAGAGAGGGCUGUUCACGCCUGUACAAGUGUACAAGGACAGCAAAGGCCUGUUGAAGAGGCGCCAGGUGAUGAAGUUGGACCGCAUGUGGUUUUACCCACCAGACCCUCCAGGCUACAUCAGAGGUGGCCCUCCAACUCCACAGCUCUUUUUCCGGAGCCGCGUCUUUGUGUGGCGCCCUGUUGGAGUGUGGAGGUACUCACUGAAGUGUCCUCGAGGGGAUGAGUGUGUGGGUAGAGGACAGAACGUGCACCUCUACAAGUCUGGCUACCAUCAUCGGGUACGUCACAUCUGUGAUGUGUCCAAUUGGUACACAGUGAUCACGGAGGUGCUGUGUUGUGGAGCUUGCACAAAGGCAGCCAGGAGCGGCAGAGAAAGUGGCAAGUGGGGUCGGUGGCUUGCGUGGGAUCCCGCUAUUUUGUCCCAACUUAGCGAAGCUCAUCAAGCCAUGUUUCCUGCCAUCCUCACCAGCAAGUAA